AUGAAUACUGGUAAAACCCAGUUGAAUGAAUAUAUUCAAAAAAGAAAACUACCUAAUAUAGUUUAUACAUCGGAAUCAAGGGGGUCAGAACAUAAUAAAGAUUUUAAAACAAUUGUUAUAGUCAAUAAUAGAAGAAUAGAGUCAGAGUGGAGAAAGAAUAAAAAAGAUGCUGAAAAAGAUUGUGCAACACAUAUUUUAGAGUAUUUAUUAUCAAUUGAAGGUAGCCCUGUUGAAUUUUCAACACCAAAAAUUCAAAAUAAUUUUGACAAUCAACAAGAUACACCCAAAACAACAUCAUCAAAUUUUUCACAAUCAAAAAGAUCAAUAGAUGAAUCCUCAUCCUCGAUAACUGGUGGCUCAACAAAUUCAUCAAAAAGAUCAGCUAUUAAUCCAUUUCCGAACCAAUCAAGUUUUAUUAGGGAAACACCAAUUCUAUCACUUUUAAGGGAAAAUGAUCAAAUUGAACUACCUCCAGAUUUACCAACUUUUAGCUCUAUAGGCUCUCCAUUAUUAGAUGAAACCAAACAGCAGGUCCAACAACUUCAAAUACAACAGCAAAAAACUGAACUAGAUAAUCUCAAACAACAAGUUGAGGAGCUAUCAGAUAAAGUUAAUAGAGUUCAAAAUGUAUUUCAAGAUCAAAUAUCCUCAUUGCAAGAGAACAAUAGUCGUAUGGAAAGAGAUUUAUACAACUUAAAGCAAUUUGUUGAAACCUGUUCAAUGCCACUCUCUUUUGUUGAUUUUUUUAGAAAUUCAAAUUUAAAUUUACCAAAACAAACCCAACAACCCUCUUCAAACAAUUUAUUACCAAAUACAUUUCACGCUGCACAUUUAGUUAAAGAUGCAAAACUUGAUAAUUUAACAAAUCCAGACCAAAUCCAAACCAAUACAACAGAAAAUACUAUAGUUAAUAUAGAUAGUAAUAUAGAUAAUAUAGAUAAUAUAGAUAAUAAAAUUGAAGAUGGCGAAGAAAAUAAUACCUAUUCCUGUGAAAGUGAUGAAAGCAGUAGCGAAAAUGAAAAUCAAGAAAAAGAAGGUCAAAAUGAAAACAGUGAUGAAAAAGAAAACCAAGGUGAUGAAAAUAACAAAAAGAAAAAGAAAAAGAAAACACCAAAACCAAAAAGAGUAUUCCUUCACAGACACCUAGAUUAUCAAAAAAUCGAACUAGAUUUUUUAAACACAAAUGACGACCCAGAUCAUGAUAAUAUUGGUUUUUUUGUUUACAAUAUUGAAAUCUCACAUGUUUUACCAACAAAUGAUUUUACCCAUAAUAAUAAAAGUUACAGAUUUUCAAAUUUUCUUUUAUAUACAACAUCAGUUUUAGAUUUUACUCCAACUGUACACAUAGUUAACCAUAACGGUGAUCACUUUGCAAUCGGUUUAACUAAAGGCCAUAUACAAACUAUCUCAAAGUACAAUUUCCGAAAAAUCGUCACUUUCCACAAUUUUUUCUUUUCUCAAAUUUUAGGUCAAAAUUAUUUAAAUUUCCAUGAAAUCGAUAAAUACUAUACCGUACCAUGUGUUCAAUGUCUUUCAGAACCAACCAAACCUCUCUACGACGUUUUAAUGGAUUUAUUAGAGUUUGACCAAUUCCCAACCAAAGAGUUUAUAGAUAAUAAUGUUUACGAUGAAAAUUUUAAAGAAAAAGUAAACAAAUUUUAUCUAGACAAAAUUUUAAUGACAAAAUCGGGUGAUUUAUCAAUAUGUAGAGAGAUCGAUUUUAAUAGUUUAAUUGUUAACACUACCAGUAAUAAAACUAACCAGACCUCUGCAACAUGUGUAUCACCACAAGAAAAAAUCGAUUUUAGUAUCAGCGAAAGUGAACCUGAACAAGUGUUACCAGAAUCUCCAAUUCAGCAAUCAAAUAUUUUAAUUAAUGCUGCAGAUGAACCAGGAUUAGUAGAAUCAAUUUUUUAUUUACCAACUUUAAAGUGCUCCCAUGUUAGUGCUAAAAUUAGUGAAGAUUUUUGGAAAUUAAAAUGUAUAUUAUUUUUCGAUAAAGAUGGUAAAUUAGAAAAUCCAAGUCGUUGGGCUGAAUAUAAUAAAGUAAAUACAGUCGAGCCAAUUAGCUUUAUUUCAUACUUUAAGAGAAACAAAUAUUUCCAAAAGAAUCCGCUAGAUGUUCGUUCUCUCGGUAUCCCAAGUUUCAUUCACUCAAUUGGUAAACUUGCUAUUCUCCCAUUCUAUUCAGAAAUUAACUGGUGUGUACGUUUGGCUCAAUUUAAUACUCGUAUUGUAUCUUUAAAAUCCUAUAAAAUCCUCAGAGAAGCAUUUACCCAUCCAUCAACCAAAGCCUCCAAUAGACUUAUACCACCUUCUGAAUUACCAAUGUUUAAAGAUUACUAUCCAUAUUUAGGUGAUAAUCAAAGAUUAGAAUACCUUGGCGACUCUGUAUUAAAGCUCGCGUCCUCUAUUUAUUUAUUCUAUAAAUACUCAGGUUCUAAAGAAGGUGCUCUUUCAAUGGAAAGAGCAAACAAUAUUAAAAACGAUAAUCUUAUCGAAGUUUCAAAACGUAUGCAUUUGGAUGAAAUCUUACGUCUUUCAAAUUCUGACGAAAUUAAAAAGCCACAUGCCGAUGUCAUUGAAGCACUAUUUGGUGCCAUUAGCUUAGAUAGAGGUUUUGAAAAAGCUUAUGAAAUCAUUGUUCGUUAUGUAUUUAAUGAUUCAAAUGUUCGUUUACCACUUUAUCAAUCAUCAAUGGAGGAAACAGUAUUAUCACACGAUCUUAGAACACUUUUAUUUAAUCUCGAUUUAAGAAUAGAUCAUCCAUCUCUUUUAGAGGAGGCUUUUUCAUCUGGAACCAAUGUAAACUAUCAACGUUUAGAAUUUGUUGGAGAUGGUGUUUUAGAUUAUAUCACCGCAGAUUAUCUUUAUAAAGAAUUCCCAGAAUAUAAUGAAGGUACAUUAACAGAAUUUAGAUCACGUUUAGUUAGAAAUAAUAAUUUAUCCGAUGCAAGCAAAAGACUUAAACUUCCACCAAACAUAACAGAUGAAGAAAGAGCAGCAUUACCUCCAAAGAGACUGGGUGAUUAUUUCGAAUCAUUAGUAGGUUGUUUAGUUUUAGAUAGAGGUGUUGAAGAAACCAAACAAUUUGUAAAAAAACAUCUGCAUCUAUACAAAGAUAAUCCAUUAUUUAUUUUAAAUACUAUUCUUCCAUCAAAUAAUUUCACUAUAAACUAA